ACUCUUUCUUGUGUUAACAGCUGGUGAUUUCAACUGGAAAUAUGAAAAUCGUAUAUCUCGUUGAGCUAGAAAAGAGAAUCAAACUAUGCAUAAAGGAAAAUAUUUCUCACUGACUUGUAAAAUUAUGCUUCCAAAAUAAGUUUUCCAAGUCCUUACAAGAUGGCUGGUGUGAUGGAUAUUCAAACACUUGUUAUCGACAAUGGAACUGACCGAUCCAUGGCUGGGUUUGCUGGGGAUGAUGCUCCAAGGACUGUUUUUGAAAGUAUAGUUGGUGUUCCUCGUCAUACUGGCGUCAUGCUUGGUAUGGGACAAAAAGAUGCCUAUGUUGGUGAUGAAGCUCAGCGUAAAAGAGGUAUGUUGACUCUGAAAUAUCCCAUGGAACAUGGCAUGGUAAAAAACUGGGAUCAUAUGGAGAAAAUUUGGCAUCACAUAUUUUACAAUGAACUCCGUAUUGAUCCCGAGGAGCAUCCCAUUCUUCUGACGGAAGUGCCACUUAAUCCCAAAGCAAACCGGGAGAAAAUGACCGAAAUCAUGUUUGAGAAAUUCAGUGUUCCAUCCAUGUAUGUCGCAAUCCAGGCUGUUCUCUCUAUGUUUGCUAAUGGUCGGCUAACUGGCAUUGUGCUUAAUUCUGGUGAUAGUGCGACCAACACGGUCCCCAUCUAUGAGGGACAUGCACUUCCUCAUGCUAUCUCGUGGUUAGGUCUUGGUGGUCGUGAUAUUACAUAUUACCUCACGAGGAUUCUCUCCGACGGUGGUUAUGUAUUUCACGGUACAAUAAGAGAAAAUAAUGUUACUAGGCGUAUGAAGGAGACAAUUACUUAUGUUGCACUGGAUUUUGAACAGGAGAUUGAAAAGGCAAAAAACAGAUGUUCAGUUGAGAAGGCCUUUGAGCUUCCUUCUGGACAAGUCCUUAAUGUUGGUGCUGAGAGGUUCCGUUGUCCUGAAGUCCUAUUCCAGCCAUCUUUGCUCAGGAUGGGAUCGACAGGAAUCCAUGAAAAAGUCUACAAUUCAAUCAUGAAAAGCGAUGUUGAUAUUAGGAAGGAUUUAUUUGCAAACAUUGUGCUUAGUGGUGGCUCAACUAUGUUUCCUGGUAUAGCAGAACGUAUGAGUAAGGAAAUCACUGCUCUUGCUCCAAGGGGCACGAAGAUCAAAGUGGUAGCACCACCUGAGAGGAAGUACAGCACCUGGAUAGGAGGAUCAAUUCUAGCUUCCGUCAAUAGUUUCGAAAGAAUGUUGAUAACAAAGGGCGAGUACAAUGAAUUUGGUGCCUCAAUUGUCCACAGGAAGUGUCUCUAAGCUUUAUGUGAACUUAAAAUUCUCUUUCAAGCUGACUAGAUUGUCAUUUUAAAGUUGAACAAACAUUAGUAACAUCAUUGUGAACCUAUGUUGAUAAACUACAAAUGGAAUAAAUCAUUAAUGUGGCUAUACUAAUAGUAUAACCUAGCUAGCUGGAUGAAUUAAUACUCAUCAAGCAGUACGUCAACAUUUGGUGAUGCUGGAGGAAACUUCAGCAGUUCAAGGUAAAAGCUCCAGACUCCAUCAUCCUUGAGUGAUCUCGUAAGUCUAACUGUCACCUCUACAAGUGCAACGAGCCAGCAAAACCUUCAUAAAAACAAGUUGUUAAGUAUAGGGAAUGAUUCAGUGAAAGCUAUUACUAGAUUGUAAUUGCAACUGUACCGAAUAUCACUACACCAAAGAAGGAUUUUAAUAUAUA